GUGAAAUUGGAACAAAAUCAUGAGGUGGAUUCUGGUCAUUCUCCUCGGCCUCUGUCAUGGGACUUUUGCCCAAAGAGAUUUAUUACAGGCACAUAACGAUAUGAGGAUUCGUGAAAAGGGAGCUGCAGAUAUGAAGAUGAUGAAAUGGAGCAAAGAAUUAGCUAAUGUAGCACAGAAAUGGGCAAAUACAUGUCGUGAAGGUCACAAUCCAAGGAGAAAAUCACGGUAUUUCCGCAACCUUGGUGAAAAUAUAUACCGCAGCACUAAUCGUGCAUCUGCUACUGAUGUAUUAAGGAGCUGGUAUUCGGAAAAAUCUCAGUAUAAUUUUUAUUCCAACCAUUGCUCUGGUGUCUGUGGACAUUACACACAGGUUGUAUGGGCGGACUCUGAAUAUCUUGGAUGUGGGGUAGCGUAUUGUAGAAACUUUUUCCGAGGCAGAGGAGGAUAUAACUAUGUUUGCAACUACGGACCAGCAGGGAACUGGAUAGGAAAAAAGCCGUUUACUCCUGGGCGCCAGUGCAGUCGUUGUCCCAAGGGAUAUGGUUGUUACAAAGGACUGUGCUACAAAUAGAUAGGAUGCAAGAGUGACACAUUAUAUUGAACUAAAUAUAAUUUAGAUGCACCAUGACUAAAAUAUUGAGUAAAUAUUUGUUAUUAAAGAAUACACCAAUAUA